CGAGAAUUUAGGAGGAACCCCUCAGCAUGCCAGCGUGGGGAGGAAGAGAUGGCUCUUCAGAGUAUUAUGGAAGCUUAUUUUAUAGAGAUGAGAUAUAGAUCAAUUUGGUAUUCUAUUCUCGUCUUUUUUAAUGUUCAAGUUAUAUCCGCGGUUGGGUUGGUGAUGAGAGUACGUACCGUACCGUACAGGCAUCUUACCGCGGUGAAUGACUAAGCCGUCAGUUCCCACAUCCAUCCAUCAUCAUCACUUCCUCGCUAUGUCUUUUUUCUCUCUCUCUCUCUCUCAUAUUCUCAUAUUCUCCCUCUAGUUAUCUCUUUUUCUCUCUCAUUCACUCUCCCUAUCUAUCUUCCUGUCGCCAUAUUUCCCGACUGGAACAUCGCCAGAACUAACUAAGCCUGCAUACGUAUGUAUGUAUGCACAUGCACCAGCGAUCCCGCACGUCUCUCUCCCCAUGCAUUCCGAGUCGAUCUCCAUUGCCAGUCAGGCAUAGGUAGCCCCAGUUAUCUUCGACCCUCCCACGAGCCCCGAAUAUCGAUAAAAGGAGGCCCUACCAUACUAUUCUUGCAAGUUAGACGACCCUGGCCCCAUCCCCCAUCACAACAAAUUACACCAUUUCCGCGGCCAUCUCAACAACUCGGGUGAGACGACAAAUCCCCGUCCCCGCCCCCCCGUCCGAAGACAGAAAAUAAAUUGAAUUAAAUGAAAUAAAAUAGCACUCACCAACUCCCCGACAUAAAAAAUAAAAAUAAAACAACAUAGAAAUAAAGAAAGAAAGAAAGAAAGAAGAAAAAGGCACCAUGCGCUGGUUCCUCAUCUUCAUAAUAAUCCUCCUCCUCCUCCUCGCCGCCUACAUCGCCUGGAUAGGCUUCACCCACUACCGCGCCCGGCGCUCCGGCCUGCCCCCUCCGCCCCUAAAAUCUUACAUCCCCUUCACCUCCUCCUCUUCCUCCUACUACCACAGAGACAGCAGCUACCCAACCCCGCGCCCCGGCGGCGUCGGCGACUGGUUCAGGGACAAAUGGGCCGCCGUGCGCAACCGGCGGACGGCGCGGGGCGCGUAUGAGUCGCCGCUGCAUCCUGGCGCGGGCUCUCGCGGCGGCGGCGGUGGUGGUACUGGGUAUGCGCAUGAUGAGAUUUGGGAUUCGCGGAUCGGCGAGGGCGGGUAUGGCGGGGCUGGCGCGGGGUAUUAUGAGGAGCAGGAGCUGGGGAUGGGGAGGCAUGGGGAGGGGAGUGGGGGUCGGGGCGGGGGUGGGAGUGGGCCGUAUGAUAUGGGCGGGCGGGUGGAGGCUGGUGCGAGAGUCGUGCCGGCUGCGAGUACGGUGACGGUUGAUUUGCACGCUAGGGAACCCGAGCAGGAUGUCGAGAGGGGCCGGAGCCGGAGUCGGGAGCCGCCCUCGUAUAGCAGGCCGGCCGGCGGUGUGAAUCCCUUUUCAGAUGCGGCGGAGACGAGCCAGUUGAGGGAUGUUAGCUCGCGACCGGCGGUGGGGGAUGAGCAGCCUACUGCUGCUGGUAGUAGUGGUGGGGAUGGUACUGGUGCUGGUGCUGGUGCUGUGACGGCUGCGGCUGCUGAUGAUGACCGGGGGAGAUCGUCUGAUCGGAAGAGUGUUUUUAAAGAGAGUAUAUGAGUGUUAUGAUUAUUGGUUUUUGCGUUAUCCUUAUUCUUCCUUUUUUCUACUUUUUAUCCACAGCAGUGUGAUGUCAGGAUGGAUUGCUUUUCUCUUUUUGCUUUUUGUAGUGUUACGCCAUUUUAUGUCUUUAACGGCGUCGUUGGUCUUUGUAUUAUUUGAUUGUCCCGUCCCUUUAUUCUUAUAUAUACAUUCUUGAAUUUGGCUCACUUUCAUUUUGGCCGCCUGAGCUGAGCUAUCCUUCGCAAGAUUCAUAGUUACUGGUCAUUGCAUCUAAUAAGAAAUGGGUGGGAGUCCCGGAAACUGUUUCCAUGAAGAUAUCAUUCCCGACCGCACACGCACAAGAACGCAUAUAGGAUACUUAAUCAACCUGCCGGAGGAUAUCAUACAUAUUCAUUGCAUUCUUCGCGACUAUUGGUGCUCCUUGUUCCACCCCACCGCUGCUCGACCUCCCCUUCUUCCUUUUCCGACUGCCAGGCAAAUUCGCCGCGACGAUCCAUGCCUCCUCGGCACCAGCCGUAGAAGACUCGAGCAGUCCAUGACCACUCUGGUCGCAGGCAGACGCUCCAAACACAUCAGACCCCUCAAUCACAUCCAUUUCUCCCUCCCCUUCGUCGAGAAGGCUAAUCAACCCCUCAAUCACCCUUCGCGCGGCCUCCCCAUUCUCAAUCCCACCCCCGAUCCCACCCGUCCGCUGCGCACAAUCCCGCAUCCACGGCAAGUCGCGCAACACGCCACCCGCCUCACCCAUCAACUCAACCAAUCUCUCGCCAACCGAACCAGACUUCGCCGUGUCUUCGCCCACAACAAGGACCUCCUUUAGCACCCUCAGCGAGUACAGCACCGCCUUCAUCUGCGCGUGGAGGUGGAUGUCAUCCCACUCGAGCUUCUCCCCGCAGUACCCCCGUUCCAGGAACCGGCGCAGCUUCCCUGUAGCCAAUCGCUCGUCGGGCCCCAUGCGCGCAAGGACGUCAUAUAGCGCAAAAGCCCUCCACCGGACGGCCGGCUCACAGGCGCUACUCUCAUCAUCACCACCAUCAUCAUUAUCAACAGACGAAACAAACGUAUUAACCUGCUGCACAAAAGCCUCGAGUCUCUCUUCCGCCUCCUUCUCUGCCAGAAGCGUUAGCGGGAUAGCCGCUAUCCGCCUCCCCUUGCGCAUAUGCUCAAUCACAGCUUCCUUUCGUUUCCCCUUGUCGCCCGCAGGGUAUCCCAGGUUCAAUAGCGAGUAGGCGAGUAACCGCAACUCGCUGCCCUCCAUCCAUGCCGCGCGCCGAUCAUGGCGCUCAAUCAAAACCUGGAGAUAAACAUGGGCCCCUUCCUCAGGCAUCGCGAAGGAGGGCAGUUCAUAUUGCGCAUACAGCUCGGAGAGCUUGGGGUCCGUGAUGACUGCGAGGGGAUUAGAAGAAGUCCACACCGACCCGCUGGUGGUGGCGGCGGCCAUGAGAUCAUACUCCUUCAGAAACGAGAUAUAUUUAGCGCUUUUCUCAACGACAUCCGCGUUCCCCUUGGCGCGCUGGAUGGUUGUCGCAAACGACGCGCGCGGAUCCCUUUUCACCUCGUAGGCGAGGCGCAGGAAACUGGGCACGCCCAAUUUCUUGGCGACUGCCGCGGGCCGUACUUGGGUUGCUCGUAUGCUUAUUCUGCUUGCAAUAUCCGGCUCUGCGCCCGCCACCGGCAGAGCAUCGUUUGGCAGUGGCUCACCCGUUUCAAGCGAAUCGAGAAAUAUCACUGAGCCUUCCGGGCCGAGGUCGUGCACGAGCAGGUCAGAGUCGCCCGUGAGAACUGCACAGCCCGAGUCCCUUGCCGCAAUUGCGCAGUACACAUCAGCUUCCCCUGGUACAACCUCCGUUAUUUCCGCAAAUAUGCUUCCAUCAUUCUCAUUGUCAUUUUCCGUAUUCCCACAUGCCGUAAUAAUAACCUUCUGUAAUUCCGGCACACCGGCAGUACAUCUCAAUACCUCCUCCGGACUCCAUCGAUACUUCAAGUCUUCAAUGACCGUCGGAACCACAAACGCCGAUUCCGGCAUGGGCUUGAAACGACGGGGUAACGGGCGUCGACCGAAUAUUUUCUCCGGGCAGAUAUCUAGAGCUUUUCUGCGGAUGGUGGGCGUUUUGAAACCCCCCGCCGUGUCGCGACAGAGCUCUCGGAGUUUUCGUCUGGUUGCCUCCAUGCGCUCGAAGCGCACGGGCCGUUUUGAAAGUGGCAGGGCGCCGUCGAAGAAGAUUUUCUCUCUGUUUAGGAAAAGGGGGAGGGGAGAGGGGAUAUUGCGAAUUAGUUUAAAGGCACAUCAUCUAAAGUAACCCAAAACAAAGGGAAACAGUUUAUCGCGAACGGAAUGAAAAACACAACGUACAUCCUCACAUCCAACCCCCUCAAACACAACAAAAACUGCAUAACACCAAUGCUAACUUCAUUCGCUGAUGGCUGCGCAUCCACGACAUUGUAAUCCACCCCGCUCCACGACAGCAGCCGGCUGUAGACAUGAUACACCAGCGCGGGGCCAUCUACCACCACGCUACUGAUGGUUUUGACGUUCUGGUCGUGAUUCUUUGUAUUCCGCAGCCAGACGGUUUGCGCGUGCGGGAGGAGGUGUUGUGUUAGGUAUCGGAUGCCCAUUUGUAUCGUGAUAGCUCAUGGGGUUGGGUUUCUUUGGUUAUGGCGGGUGGUGGAAACGAGGAUGAUGGGAGGGUUUGCUUCGGAUGGCCUCGCCUGUACCUGUCAUGUGGAGGAUGUAUUAAACUAAUGGAUCAUAAAAGCCUUCGCUACUAGAAUGUUGAUGGCUAUCGUUGGCGUCUGGUGUUGGGGUGAAAUUGGAAUCUGAAUUUUUGGAAAGUCGCAGCGGAUCUUAUCUUAUCUUAUCUCCACGUGAUUUGUUCCAGCUACCUAGGUAGCCCUGAGCACGACUUCCAAGGUGGUUACGGUAUGGUAUACAAAUAAUGGAAUGGUUAUGUCACUCCAACAGAUGUCCAUCAAACUGCCAAAGCAAGCCAAACCAUUUCUUUCAUAAUCUCAUUAGAACUGGAAUUUCUAUAAGCUAUACAUAUCUCAAAACGCAACAAUCCCAACAAAUGAGCAGUAGGCCGGACUAGACGAGACCAUGUCCAGCCCAGCGAGAUCCACUCGCCAUGAAGCUCAGCAAUACAUAAUCCCACCCAUGCUCAUAUUGCUCGUAAGAAGGCUGUUCCAACGGCCUCGAUCCAAGUGGCACGACAUCUAAGAAGCAAAGUCAAAGCUACCCGUUGUGGUUCCACCUACACUAGGAUACGGACGUUGCGGCACCGAGUGGGCCGAGCGCCGUGCAUCCGGAUCGUGGCCGGAGUCCCCAGGAUCCGCCCAGAUAUCACGCCACGCGACAGGGUUUGAGUGCCCUGACCAGCCAUUAAAAGGAUAGGCCGCUGUAUCCCAUUAUUUGUUGCAUGGAGUGAAAUAGCAAAUGGAAAACAAUUUCUGCGCUCCGCGCAUGGUCAGGCCAUCAUCCGUUGCCACCGUUGGAGAUGCUGCUGUCCUGCUUUAUUUUUUUGGAGAGCACACGAAUCACUUGUCCUCCCCGCACCAGCCUCGGAGUUGACAAGAUGAGUAGUCAUGAAUUCGUGGGCUUAAGAUAGAUAUGGCCAACCUCCUACGGCCCAGAUAACUUGUAGAAGAAGCUGCAUAGGACGUGAUAUUCAUUUCUCAGGCGCGUCGGGGAGCCGCUCAAUAACAUACUUCGCCCGCGCGACGCUCAUAAUGGGUACACCGGGGAUUUUCCUAUACAAGGGGAAAAUUAAGAUGUCAAAACCAUCCGAUUCCAAACAGCAAUUUCAUACAAAUGCUGACAUGCUUUUUCGAAAGAAAAAAAGAAAAAAAAAGAGAGAGAGAGAGAGAAGAAAAACUUACCGAAUCCUCCUCUUCAAAUCCCUAUCAUUCGUCGCCACAAUAUAAACCCGAUGCUUAAUAACCCGAUCAACAAGACAAUCGUCCGCAUACGUGCCCUUAUGGUCACACUUGAGUCUCUCGAAGCGCGGGUCCUUGGCUAUGCGCAGCGCAAUGCGGUACUUGGGGCCCAGCUUCUCCAACUCCGCCAGCACGCAGUCGGUCACGAUCGGGAUGCAUUUGGCGUAUAGGCAGUCCAUCAUUGUGGGGAUCACCUCGAGUUUGUGCUGAACGGUGUGCGAGAGGAAGUUUGUGUCGACGAGGAUGGAGUAUGGGGGUGUCAGGGCUGUGUUGUAUUGGAAGAAGAGGGCUGAGGAGACUUGGGGGCUGUUUUUGUUUGGUAUUUUUUUUUGUGAUUAGUGAUUUUGAUGGUCUGGAUGGGGAUGGAUGGAGAUGCUGGUGGGGGGUUACAUUUCUCGGACAAGGUCAUCGUUCUUCUUCUCGUCUUUGCCCUUCUGUGGUGCUUUUGCUUGGUUCUGCUUUCUAUGCGAUUGGAAUGGAUAGAAUGGUUAGCUAAGAUGGCCUGCAUGAUCAGUAGUGACGGGCGAAUAUAUAGAAUUCUUUCUCUGCGCCAGGAAAGGAGGUUCAAAAAAGGAGCAGCAUAACAUACAACCGGCUAUCACGGCUACCAAUUGCUCUUUUCACCUAUAUAUGAAUUAGUCCGUUAGCUGCUUUCGGUCAUUUCUUUCUGCCAGCUGUAACUCGCAUCGAGGCAACGAACCUGAGCGAAUUUGCGCGUUCUCUUCUGGAUACCCAUGUUG